CUCUUUGUCAUUUAACUCCCUCUCUGUCUCUCUGUCUCUCUCUCUCUCUCAAGGUAGGCCAGGCCAGUGUGUGUAUCCAUGAAUGUACGUCACCAUGAUGAUGACCGACCAGCUGAUGGACUUAGCUCCGCCUCCGCUGCUGAACGGGGAGCUGCCGCUGAUGCAACACAUGGUUAAUGGAGACGCAGCGCAACAGGUGAUCCUGGUACAGGUGAAUCCAGGGGAGACCUUCACCAUCAGAGCGGAGGACGGCUCGCUGCAAUGCAUCCAGGGUCCUGCUGAGGUCCCAAUGAUGUCCCCCAAUGGAUCAAUCCCCCCCAUCCACGUCCCCCCAGGAUACAUCUCCCAGGUGUUAGAAGACAACACAGGAGUGCGUCGGGUGGUCGUCACCCCGCAGUCUCCUGAAUGUUAUCCCCCUUCGUACUCCCCCGCUCUCUCCCCCACGCACCACCUCCCGCCGUACCUCACCCACCCCCACUUUAUCCCCAACUCUCACUCCUUCUAUCCCCCUGUGAGUCCUGGAGACCUGCCCCCCCACCAGUACUACCAACACCACCUCCCGCCCAUAUAUGGAGAAGAGAUAAUCCCAGUGUAUGGCAUGUCCAGCUACGUUGGCAGAGAGGAGAGCUAUAACAAGCCCCAGCCUAAGAAGAUGAAGGAGCAGAGACAGCUGGAGCGACAGAACAGACUCAACUCUCCCCCCUCCUCCCUGUACAAGUCUCUGGGCUCCAGCCACAAUGGAUACAGCGGGAAGAGCCACGUCCCUUCGCUAGGGUCGUUGGGGUCAAUGGGUGGAGCUAACAGUCCAGGAGGGAAGAAGCCGGAACGACGACAACUACGGAGCAGCCCAAGGAGCAACGAGCCAGACACACACACACAAUCACCGCAAGAUCACGACUCAGAGGCAAAGAGAGUUCAGGAAGUGCUCUCCGCCAUCGACAAACCACAGGUGUCCAACGUGCACGCGCGGGGUGCUAGGUUGUCCUGGGUUCCCCCGGUCGGGCUGGUGAACCGGUUCAGCAACAGCCAGUCUCUCACCUACGAGGUCUCUCUGUCCGACAAGGGACGGGACGGCAAAUACAGACUUAUAUACAGUGGAGAGGAGUUGGAGUGUCAUCUAAAAGACCUGAGGCCAGCUUCAGACUACCACGUACGAGUCAGCGCGGUGUGUAACUCUAACUUGAGGGGUGUGUGUUCGGAGACGGGGUCGUUCACAACACACACCUGCCCCCCCGACCUGCCCUUCCCCCCCAAACUAUCUCACCGCACCAAGAGCACCCUCACACUGCAGUGGAAGCCUCCAGUCGACAACGGAUCCAAAAUCACAAACUACCUUCUGGAGUGGGAUGAGGGAAAGAAGAACAGUGUAUUUAGAGAAUGUUACUUUGGGAGCCAGAGACACUGUAAACUGACCAGACUCUGUCCUGCUGUGGGCUACACCUUCAGAGUGGCUGCUCACAACGACAUAGGCACCAGUGGUUUCAGUACGGAGGUUGUGUUCUACACUACAGGUACGCUGCCCUCCUGCCCCCUGGCACCGCGGCUGCUGCGGGCGGGAGUCUCCUGGGUCACUCUAGAGUGGGGCCGUCCCGAGGGCAGCGCCAACGAGGAACUAAUCACAUACACACUCGAGAUCCAGGAGGAUAAUACCGGAACAGACUUUCAUCCGAAGUACACUGGAGACAACCUAACCUCCACAGUGCAAGGCCUGAAGAGGAGCACACAGUACAAAUUCAGG